AUGGUGCCCCAAAUUUUUCCCCAUCGGAGGACCCUCGUGUGCUACGACAAUAUUGACGCCAUGGUGUCGUACGAGGACAAGGUGAUGUCUGGGACUAGCUUGUGGCCGUUAUGCCAGCUGCGGCGUGGCGUGACCCAUCUGGAUCUAGACCUGAAGGGCGGAGGCAACGUUAUCUGCCUCUCGGUUGCCGCUUCGAAACGCCGCCACUGGCCGUCAUGGAACUCCGCCACCGGCCGCCGCCGCCACUGGCAGUGCCCACCGCCGCAUACCUCCGAGUUUCCCCAUCGGAGGACCCCCGUGUGCUACGACAAUAUUGACGCCAUGGUGUCGUACGAGGACAAGGUGAUGUCUGGGACUAGCUUGUGGCCGUUAUGCCAGCUGUGGCGUGGCGUGACCCAUCUGGAUCUAACCUGA